GACUCUGACUUUGCAUGAAUAAUCUCCACUACUCAGCUACUGACAGACAGCAGAGAUGGCAGAUCCAAAAUAUGCAAAUCUUCCAGGAAUUGAUCACGACGCUCCCGAUGUCUAUGAAACAGAGGACUUGCCAGAAGAUGACCAGGCUAUGCAGUCACCACAGGAUGAAGGAAAUGAAAAUGUAGAAAACCUGGCAUUGGACACCAAAGCUGCCCUGGGAAAAUUCAAAGGUGCCCAAGUUAAAGCUGAGGGACUAGAUUUCUCUGAUAGAAUAAGUAGGUCCAGGAGAACUGGAUAUGAUGUUGAGAAGACAGAGUAUGAGAUGUUGGAGGAAGGCGCCAGUAAGAUAGAGACUCCCCAACAAAAGUUACAGAGACUCCAACAUGAGAUCCGCGAGCUUGGCGAGGAAGUCAACGCGAUCCAGGAAAACGUGAAGAAAGACGCCACGGCAGAGAAAAUCUCCCCGGUGGACAUCAGCAAACAGCUGGAGUAUCUACAGCACCAGCUUAAUGACCUUCACCUGGAGAAACUGUUGGGGCCAGAGGCCAAGGUCGACCUCUCAGAUCCUCAAGGUCAAUUAAAGAAACGCCUUCUGACUGAAUUGGCUGCUUAUAAACCAACGGAGGGUAAAGCACCAGCUGGGGCCAAAACCGACAGCAGUUGUGUGACCUAUGAACUGUUUUACAGACCAGAGCAGGCACAGUUCAGUAGAAAUGCCAGGGUGGCCAAGCUAGAAGAGAGACUAGAGAGGCUGGAGGCAGUGCUCGGGCAGGGAUCAGAUAAAGUGGGAAUCUUAACUGCUGACACAGACAACAAGGGUAUUGUGGAGUCUGUGGGGGUACUGAACUCCAAGCUGUCCCUGUUGGAGCCCAGUAACCUGGACCAGGUGGACGUCCGUCUGGCCAGUGUCCUACAGAAACUCAACCAGAUCGGAGAGAAGAAAUCAGGUCAAGCUGACCUCGAUAGACAAAAUAAGGUAACAGAGUUGUAUGAUAUGGUGAAGAAAUGGGACUCUAUAAGAGACACUUUGCCCCAUGUUGUGGACAGACUAGUGUCUCUCAAAGACCUUCAUGAACAAGCCCUACAGUUUAGUCAGCUGUUGUCACACCUAGACAAUGCCCAACAAGAGAUUACCACCACACUAGGGGCUCAUGGAGACAUGAUGAAAAAGCUGCAAGCAAUGUUCAAAGAAAACAGUGGCACAAUCCAAGCAAAUUGUGAGAGUCUAGACCAAAGAGUGAAAGCUUUGGGCAAAUGAAGUCCAUCUAUCUGUGUAACCGGCUUAUUCCAUUCAACCAUCUUAUGAAGUUUAAUAUGUACAUGUUCUAAUAAUUUAUUGGUGUCCUGGCCUUCAACAUUAGGAGCAAAGAAAGUAGCGUGAAGCAGGAUGAUGAAUUUCUGACCAAGGGCUAUUUAUCAUUGUGCUUAAGUGGUUGUAACUUGCCUUUAUAUUUUGCCUCAUUUACAUGAAUAAGAUUUUGACUUAUCAGAAUACUGUUAGUAUGAUUUAUUCUGCUCCAUUUAUUAAUUUUUAAGGAAGUCAUUAUAAAGAUAUGGGUACAUUUUACUUUACUGUGUAGUUACUAUGAUCAGCAUUUGGUGUGUAAACAAUUAAAUAUUAUAUAGUUUAUUAGGUUGACAGUAGUCUUUCUACUUUGACCCAUGACUCACAUGUUUUAAGUUUUUUGUUGUGGGUAUAUCAUCACCACUUUGGUUUUAAUUUUCACAGAAGGCUAUCUUAAAAAUUGAUUUAUAAAUUUGGAUUGUUGUACACGAAACAAGGAAGGAUGUUUGUAUUGUACACAUUGUAUGCAUACUUAAUUAAUUAAGGUAUGUCGCUACAUGUAUUGUAUUUCACUUUAUGAAGUUGUAUUAUUAUUCAGUGAUGCCAGUCACAUAUACACGUAACUGUUCAUUCAACAGUCCAUAUUAAUGUGCAAUAUUUUUUAAAACUUUCUGUGCUGGGAUGGAUGGCUACUUAUAUUUAGUGCUAUUUUUGGUAUUGUGGCAUGGAGAAAUAUUGGGCUGACUUCUUAUGUUAGAAUCUGACAAAUAAAGAAGAACAAAAUCUAUC